UUGGAAGAUGUCAGUACUGACGGCAUUUACUCAUAGUUUCGAUGUCAAACUCGUGGCCAACUUGUACCUGAAUACGCAUUGCAUCGGAGAGAUACUUAUACAUUUCGGCUCGCUUAAGCACGAAAUCACAUUGACAGCAAUUUAAGGCGAGCAGUACGUAUACAUAGUCUUGUCCGCAAAGCCCGCAAAGCCCACCGGAGAUAUAAUGAAUACUUAAUGAAUAAAUCAUGAAAUUUCUAGUCAGUUAAUCUUCAGAUUUUCGACACGUCAUUGGUAAAGCGUGAGACCUGUCUCAAGUAGGUAAGCCAAGCCCUUAUGAGGCAAGGACUAUGUCAAAUUACAGACCACAAGCCUCGACGAAACUGCACAGCCAGGUCUCCUUGUCGCAGAACACCCACGAUAUCUCUGUGGGUGGUCGCUGUAUGUCUUGCCGCAACAUGUUGCUAUAAAGCGGAAAUAGGCGAAAUUGGACUGCUUCCGGUAUUGACUCCCCUCAUUCUGAUAGUUGAGCGGAAACCCCGGGAUGUUCAUAAAACUUCAAAUUCGCCGGAUCAGUGGUCUUUCUCACCACUUAGCAACACCAUCUGGGGAACAGCCUUCACCGCGUUUCUAUUGAGCUUCGUUCUUUCAAAAUGGACCCUAAUAGAAUCUGCUCUAUCUGCCAUUCCAGUUGCUUGUCUCCUCCUCGUCUACGUUGCUCUGGUCCCAAGGACAUCUACCGACAGCUUCCGACUUCCGCAAAUCGAUAUCGAAGAACAUGUAGUCUCACUCUCAUUUCGAACCAUAAUUUUCCUACUCGCUGCGCUCAGCAUACAAACCGUGCUGUUUGGAUUUCCCAGCGGUAUUUAUUUCUCUUCAGUACUCUCCGGCACAGCUAAGGCAUUGUCUUGGUACUGCACCAUUCAAGCGGCUAAGCACACUUCAUGGUCAAUAGCGCCCAGAAUUGUAACAUUCGGGGUCAUGUCCACACGUAAUCCGUUCAUGGAGUCUUCAGGACCACAGUGUGUUCUCAACAUCAUAUCAACCUUUCUCGCUCACACUCAAGUCAUCUACCUAUGUCCAAGAAAGACUAAGUACCGACCUAGUCUUUGGAUACUGGCACUCAUAUCUGUGAUUCCAUACGCUGCAAAUAUCUACAAUAUCAGGCUCGCAGAGCCCUCCACGUUGUUGAGCUUCGACAGCUCAAUGAUACACCCUGUGGAACAGCUCAUGCAACAUGCUAAGGCCGACUUUGCAUCUCUUCUACAAAGACAAUCCCAAAACUACACAUCUGCUCACGCUGAAUAUCGGCGACGAUACAGCAUAGAUCCCCCUCCAGGCUUCGAAAACUGGUACAACUUCGCAGUCCGGUAUGAAUCACCGAUCAUCGACGAGUUCGACAUGAUAUUUGACACCAUUUCCCCCUUUCGGAAACUCAGCGGUCUGGAAGUCAGUGCAAUGAUGGAUCGAGCUCUGAGUACACCGGAGCAUAACCUCUGGUCUUGUGUUUUUUCAGGCAAGAAUGCCGAGACGAGUUGUACUCACCCGUGGCGCACAAACGACAGGCAUAUCUCCACUUCAUUCAAUGCUCUCCUAGGAGAAUUGCCUGGAAUAUUACCGGAUCUCAAAUUCCUCGUUAACCAUCUCGAUGAACCUCGAGUCUUGGUUCCACCAGUCUCUUUGCAAGGAGAUAAACAGAAUUUCAAACAAACGAAUAUGGCCGAGAUGCCAAACUGGGAUGUACUUACGAAGUUCUGUAAUAGUCAGCAACAGAAUAAAACUUCCGAGUCCAAGCAUAGAGUUGAGCUCUUUGAUAUUCCAUUCAUCGCAGACAGAAGUUCGGCUAUAGACCUAUGUCAACAUCCCGAAUACAGUUCUAUGCACGGUCUCUUCAUGAGCGCUACCUCAUUCCAGCUAUUCGAAGGCUUCGUCCCAAUCCUAUCAACAGGUGCCCCCUCGACAAUGGGAGAUAUACUAUUCCCCAGUCCAGCAUACAACGAGUCCGGAUUCCAAUACGACCCCUCCCACGAUAUCCCCUGGGAAAAGAAGAAAAACAACCUCUACUGGGCAGGUUCCACAACCGGCGGUUUCGCCACAGACAAGCAUGACCGACCCGAUGAAUGGCGCCUCUUCCAACGCCAAAGAUUCGUAACUCUAGCCCAGAACCUACAACCAAAACAACAACACCACUACCUCCGCCCCAGCCACGGCCUAAUCAAGCGGAUCUCCUCAUCCUUCCUAAACCUCAAACUCUACAACGUAGGAUUCACCAACCUCCUGCAAACCACCCUCUCAACCUGGCAUUCCCAACGGCUUUUCUUCCCGCUCAAACCCUGGGCAGACAAAGACCUCGCAUUACACUCUCAACUAGUCUUCGAUCUCGACGGUAACGGGAUCAGUGGGCGGUACUACAAAUUGCUUGCGUCGCGGUCGACGCCAUUGAAGCAGACGGUGUUGAGGGAAUGGCAUGAUGAGAGGUUGGUGCCGUGGGUGCAUUAUGUGCCUGUGAGUUUGGGGAUGCAGGAGGUGCCGGAGCUGGUGAUGUUUUUGACGAGUACGGGGAGGGGGAGGAGGGCGGCGAGGGAGAUUGCGGAGAAUGGGAGGGAGUGGUUUGGCAGGGGGAUGAGGGAUGUGGAUAGGAGGGUUUAUGUAUAUAGGUUGAUGUUGGAGAUGGCGAGGUUGCAGGAUCCAGAGAGGUUGGCGUCUUGAUGAGAGUGUGGAGGCAGAAAUAUAAUAUUAUAAUUGCAUGGGAACAUCGCUAUCGGGAAAAUGAGCGGGGUCAUUUGGAAAAUAUGUGGCCCUGAGAACACAAGAGCACAAUUCAUCACAUCAAAUCACAAGCAAAUAUGGAAUAGAAACCGAGAAAUGGUUCAAUAGCACAUGUCAUGCAA